UGCUGCUGGGGCUCCUUCCACCACUGAAACAAAGGAGUCAGACGGCAAGUUGCUGAUGGACAGAGCAAGAGCUCUGCCCAACACCACACCUGACGCUGCAGGUGGCUCUCCCAACUCUGCUGAGACUUGGCAGGAGGAAGAGGGAUCCUCACUGCUGGAGGAUGUCACAGCUCCAGAGAGCAACGCAGAGCCCUCGGCUCAGCGCGGCGCUGGCGACUCCGCUGAGGUGGCUUCUCCACUGAGGAAGAAAGCAAAGAAGACUAAAGCAAGGAAGUCCAUCUGUGGGGAACAGGACUCUCUGCCUCCUCAAAGCACAGCACCAGCUCAAACCACAGAGUUGCCUGACACAGGUGUUGCUCCUCAAGGAAUCCAACCCCCCGGCGGUGAGGGAGCAAAGCCAGGUGCUGAUGAACGUACUGAUACCAGUGGAGACACACCUGAGGGCAACAGGAAUUUGGCACACCUGGGGAAGGAAGCUGGCAGCCCGGAAGCAGAGAGGCUGAGCCCUGCGGAGCAGAGCAGCAGAGCCGGGGCGGCUGCCCCAGCUCCCAGCGCCGCAGCCCCGGGGGCCAAGGUGGAGGAUGGAACAAGCCCCGAGCACAGAGGACCAGCUGGGGGUGGUGUGGAACGGGACAGUGGUGCCCCUGGCCAGCUGCCAGCAGCCACAGCAGGUUCCCAGGCCCGGGGCAGCAGCAAGGAGCUGCUGCCAGCAGGGCAGGGAGCGAGUCCCUCUGGGCUGCCUCCUGCCAGGGGAGUCCCCCAAAGCAAGCCUGAGACCAAGACCUCCCCUGGGGCUCAGGGCCUGCAGGCUGGAAAGGUGCCCAAGCAGAAAGGGACCAGUUCCACUGUCAAGAAUGCAAACACAAAAGAGAAAAUUCAGACCCCAGGUGAGAAAAUGCCUAACAUGAGUGAGAAGACAAGUCCGAGCCUAGGAGCCGGGGCUGCCAGGAAGGAGGGUGUUGUGCCUGCAGCAGACAGCCCCAAGUACAAAAAGGAAAAAAGGAACCAGAAACCUGUGGAAAACAUUAAAGAAAGCUCUGUGAGGCGCAAUGAGGGUGUUACAGUGUAUUUCCAUGCCAUAUUAUCCAAAGACUUCAAGCUCAACCCCGAUACGGAUAAAGUGUUCAUCAGGGCUCAGGGCAUUCCUUCCUACACCGACUGGAAGGACAACAUCUGUGAGCUGAACUGCACCCGGCAUCUGGGAGAACAUGGAUACCUCAUUGAAGGUGCUGUAACUCUCAGCAGAGAAAUCCUGGAUAAAUACAUUCCUUACAAGUACUGGGUGACCUGUGGGAAGGGGGAGUAUGAGUUCAUUUACAAGAAUUCAGAAUCCAAUCAACAUGUGAAUCGCUGCUUAUUGGUAAACAGGACAUUUCUCAACAAUGGAGAGUGGCACCAGUACGAUGACAUCGUGUGUGCAAAGCCUUCCAAGUUCAAAAAAUACUUUACUUUUGAUAAAAACAAGGAAGUGGUGGAAGGGAAGAAAAUAGCUGCCAAUAUUAUGUUAGAAAGUAUCUUCAGCAUUCUUGGAACCUGGAGUCCUGACAAUCUGAGGAAUUUCUUCUACCAGCUGAAGCAGUUCCAUAACGUUGCAGUAGCCCAGCGGGUGUUUGAUGGCAGGGCAAUGCUGUGGAUAGAGCUAAAUUUCAGCACAGAGCAGGUGAAUGAUUUGCUCCUAAAAUACAUGAAGAAAAUAGCUCUCCCUUUCCUUGCACCAGAAGCAGCUCCAGAGGACAGAGUCAUCCAAAGCAAACUGGCUCUGGGGCUCACCAUUCUUGUGGUACUUGAGAACUAUUCACUCUUUGUACCUAAAAGUGACCUGGCUGAGCUGUGCAGCCUCUUGUGCUUGGAUCACGUGUCACCACAAGAUGUACAGAAUGAGAUUCAUCGCAUCAAACAGGAUUUUGCAGGAAUUACCAACUUGAAGGUCGACCUGACAAACUUGUGCCAGAGGUGCAUUGGACGUGACGUAGACCAGUGGGUGUGGAUCCUUCCCCUUCUGCAUUCCUUUGCUGCUCCCCUGCAGCAGGAGCACAGGCUGGUGGAGGAGGAUGUCUGGGCAGGGUUGGAAGGGAUUCCAUUUGCUGAAACCAGGAAGAAGCGGGAUGCAGAGACCCUGCUGGAACGAAUGAGAGAAAAGAAGUACUUGAUGGAAUUUGAUGUGACUCUGGUCAAGUCCUGGCUCUGCGUGCUGCCCCUAAAGAGCCUGGCUGAGUUCAUAAGAGACUUCUCCAGUGACCUGUUAGUUACUCUUCAAGGUGUUUUGUACAGGUUGGAGGACGUUGACCUCUCGUACAGAAGCUCUGAGGUUUGUCUCCUGGUAGAGGAGAUUCUAAACACAGUGCUGUGUGCCUUGGAUGAUCCUGCAGCCAGAGCUCUGGGGGCUCCUUCUUGGCAGCACUGCUUGUCCUGCUGCCUCAAGCUGCACGAGAGGCUCUGCAAGGCUGCCAGGACAGUGGGGUUGUUCCUGAUCCCUGCCACUGCUGCCAUCCUGAUUGCCAAGGUUGCCCAGCUGCAGCCCCCAGCAGUUCCAGGGGAUGCUGUGCAGGAAGUUCCAAAGUUGCUCAGUGAAACUCUGAGGGAAGCUCGAGCCUGGUUCAGAAACGUUUUAAAGCAGAAAUUACUGAAGGAGUACCUGGACCACGUCACCUUCACUUUCUUCGCUGAACUUCGGGCCUGGAAUAAGUUUGUGAAUAUCAGCUUUCCAGAUGAGCAGUUCACUCAGACAUGGAGGAACACUUUACUUGCAGAUCUGAAGAAAAGAAUCCAGCAGGAGCCUCCAGUGAACCAAAUCUUGGUGUACUGUUGUCAGCACCCCCAAAUCACACAGAUGGAGUCCUCCAUCAGCUGGUGCUUCCAGAACUGUGCCACAGAGGCUGUACCUGCAGCUUGCCAGAUGCAGAGCAAUCUCCUGGAGCAGAUCUCUGCCUACAACAUGGGCCAGUUCAGCCAGCUCGUGUCUGCUGUCAUAGUGAAGUCGUGGCCAGUCAGGGCUGGGCAGUCUGAGGAGAAUUUUGAUAUGAUUCUGCACCACCUGCUCACGUGGCCUGACAUCAAACAUAUCUUCAGCUUUAAUGGAACAAACAGAAACCUUCUGGACAAGCUUACAUAUGAAGCAAAGAAUGUCAUGGACGUAGCAGACUCUGUGCUUGUGAGUAUCACCGAUAACAUCCACAGCGGCUGCAUCCUCAUGAAACAUCUGGAGGAGGUUUUCCAGCACAAGGAACAGUUCCUCUGCAUUUGGCAGACAAAGCACCAGCAACGACCAAGUGAGGAAAAGGAACUGCUCCAUAGAAGCUUGAAAGAACUGCUGGAGUUGAGGCAUGAAGAAGUCACACAUCUCAGAAGAGAGGAAAAAGCAAUAGGAACCUUCCUGAGCAUGUGCAGGAAGGUGCAGAUGUCUGUGAGAGUGAAUGUAGGUGAAGUGGAAUUUCAACACUCAAAAGAUCUUCGCUUAAAAAGACUGAAUCAAGUUGUGGCAGUGGGAACGAGACCCCUGCAGACCUUCUACAGCCUGAGCCCAGAGCUGAAAGAGUUUGUCCACAAAAUGCACUCUUUUAAGGACAGCCUGAUCUUCCAGCAGUUCUGGGAGGAAGCAGCACAGAAGGCAGGAGCGGAGUAUGUGCGUGACAGUCCAGAGGAAGAUGAGGAGGAGUUUGUUCCUGAGCUGGACCUUGAUGAUGCUUUGAACAGCAUGAUCCGCCCUUGCUUUGACAGCUGUGCAAUGCUGUAUGAUGAUCUCAGAUCAGGAAGUCUCACACUUUCUGCAGUGGAUAGAAUUUUCCAGGAAUUCACAAAUCCUGAAGAUCUCAGAGCAGAGCUGAACACCAUCUGUGGGCUUCGGCCUGCGGAACACAGAGGCUGGGUUGACCAGAGAGUCCAGCAGAUCCAGCAGUACCAUGAAAUGCAUUUAACCUUUGAUGCUGCCGAGAUCAUUGCCCGUGUCAAAGAGAGUUUAGGCCUCUCUGGUGAUUUCAGUAUCCUGGAAAACUUGUUGGAUAUAACAGAAAAGCUUGAAUCCUACAAGACCCAGAAGCUGGAUUCCAUCAGCCCUGAGCUCGUGCAAGCCAAGAAGAUGCUGCAGGGGAUCACUGUGUCCCGCCGUGGCUGUCUGAGGGAGCUGGCCCAGCAGAAGGAGUUUGUCUGCUGGGUCAGAGAAGCACUGAAAGACAUAAAUGAGCUGAAGGUGUUUGUUGACCUGGCCUCCAUCUCGGCGGGGGAGAACGACAUGGACGUGGACCGUGUGGCCUGUUUCCAUGGCACUGUGCACGGCUACUCCUCCCUGCUCUACGAGCUGCGCCAGGACUCGGGCUUCGAGGACUUCAUGCGCUGCCUGCAGAAGCUGUGGCGAGCCCUGGACAGCGAUGAGGCCCUCCCUGAGAAACUGCGCGCCUCGGCUCAGCAGCUGGAGUGGCUGAAGACAGUGAAGGAGAGCCAUGGCUCCGUGGAGCUGUCCUCACUGUCCCUGGCAGCUGCCAUCAACAGCAGAGGGGUCUACGUGCUGAGGGCACCGGCUGGUGGCCAGAAGGUCUCCUUGGACAGUGUCCUGCACUUCACCCUCCCGGGGAGCUCGGGGGACGCCGAAGCCUCCUGGAAGUACUCGCUGGCAGAGCUCCGCGAGCUGCAGAACAAACUGAUGCUCAUGUCGGCCAAGGGAGAGCAAGGCCUGGAGGUGGAGAGGUUCUCUGAGGUCUUUUCCAAUGUCCAGAGACUUGCCCAGGCCUUUAUAGACCUUUACUCAGCUGGGAACAUGCUUUUCCGUUCCUGGCUUGCCCAGGUGUAUUGUUCACCCCACAGAGAAUCCUGUGUUUUUAUAGACUUCUCCCUGGGCCCCGUGCCAGUGCUGGAAGGGCAAGGGGAUAUGGCAGCUGUGCUCCCAGCCCUCUGCAAGACCAUGGAGAGUUUCCUGGAGAGCUGGAAAAGCUUCAUGAAUGCCAAGCGAUGUGAGCAUUUCUACCUGAACUACUACAGCGCGGAGCAGCUGGUGUACCUGUGCUCAGAGCUGGGCCAGGGCAGCCCCAGCCAUGCUGCCCUCAUGAUGCUCUCCUUCCUCAACCCCCGCUGCACCGAGCAGGAGAUCCUCGCAGCCCUCGGGAGCCAGGGGCCUCCCAGCUCAGGCCAGGCUGUUUCUGACUUCCAAGUGCUGCUGGAUGGGGAGAGGGACCUGAACGCCCAGCUGGAGUGCAUCUGGGAGUGCUACAUGAGCAACAUGGGCUCCUUCCUCCCCAACUGCCUGGACAUCGACACACUGGGCGUGUGGCUGAAGAACCUGGCCAGCAGGAGCGGGGAAUGUGUCACCAGAGACUUCCCUCAGGACCUGCUCCAUGUGGGCCAGCCCAACCUCAUCCUCUGCCCUCGCUCCGAGGUGCUCAGCUCUGCCCUGGCCAUUUACAUGAACAGCCCCAAGCAGCCCCUUCCCACCUUUGAUGAGGUGCUGCUGUGCACGCCCCAGACCAGCGCGGAGCAGGUGGGGCUGUUCCUGCGCAGGUGCCUCAUUCCCUGCCAGGGUGGGGACAAGAUUUACACCAUGCUCUACGCGGAUGAGCUGAGCUACGACGUCAGCUGCAGGGCACAGGAGCUGUUCCAGCACCUGCAGUGCUACAACAGCUCCUACAGGCUCAUCAUCCUGUGCAACUGCGAGCGGGAGAACAGCUACCUGCCCUCUGCCUUCAGCCACUGCAAGGUGCACAUGAUUCCCCAGAGGUCACAGGCAGACAUCCAGCAGUACCUGCAGCACCACUUCCGUGUGGCUCAGCCCUCCAGCUCGGCUGCGGCCGUGUUCAAGGAGCACAUGUGUGUUGGGAUUGUGUCCUCCAAAAGAGCCGGCAUGGGGAAAUCUCUGUAUGUGAAGAGGCUGCAUGAGAGACUGCAAGAAGAGCAGCCUGACUGCACUGAACUUCUGAAAACCAUCAGACUGAUUGAACCAGAAGUGGAUGAAGAUAAAGUGCUAAAAUCUCUCCUGCCUUUUCUGAAGAGAGAACACCAGACAAAGCCCAUGAUAUUCCAUUUUGAUAUCACCUCCUCAGUGCAGCGUGGAAUUCCAGAGUUUCUCUUCAAGCUGUUGGUCUUGCAGUACCUGACAGAUAAUAAUGGCAAUAUGUGGCUACGGCAGAAGUGUCAUCUGUACAUCAUUGAAAUCCUGGAGGUGUCCCCAGUGCCAAAGAAAGCAGCCAGACCUAUGUCAGCGAGCCAGAAGUAUCACUUCUUGGAUGUGUUCCCUAAAAUAACGUGCAACUCUCCCAAAGAAGUGCUAGAAAUGGAGACACUUGGGAACCAUUCUGGGGAUGUGGGAAUGGACAAGGAGGAAUUUUGCAGUGAGGCUUUCCAGAGACCCUUCCAGUACCUGAAGAGGUUUGACCAGGGCUAUGACCUGGACACGUUCUGGUACGAGGCGCUCUCGGUGGAAGGCACCCCUGCAGAAUGUCUGCAGAUCUUCCUCCUGCACUGCGGGGUCGUGGAUCCCUCCUGGGCAGAGCUCCGCAACUUCACCUGGUUCCUCAACAUUCAGCUGAGAGACUGUGAGGCUUCUGUCUUUUGCAACCCUGAAUUUGUCCAGGACACUUUGAAUGGUUUCAAGAACUUUGUGGUUGGCUUCAUGAUUUUAAUGGCGCGGGAUUUUGCGACGCCCUCCCUGAGCAUUUCCGACCAGAGUUCAGGAAGACAAUCCUCCUUCCUGGAGAACGUUGCGGAGGAAGAUCUGCUUCCUUUCCGCAUCAGGAAGAAGUGGGAGUCAGAGCCUCAUCCCUACCUGUUUUUCAAUGAGGAUCGCGUGUCCAUGACAUUCAUUGGUUUCCACUUCCAGCAGACCAGGAAUCGCAUUGAUGCCAUCAAUCCUCUGAACGGGAAUGUCAUCAAGAAGGACAUCAUGACUGCCCAGCUGUUCGAGGGCUUGUUAGCGCAGAGGGUUCCCUUCAACGUGCCCUUCGAUCAGCUGCCCCGCGAGGAGAAGCUCGAGAGGCUCUGCAUGGUGCUGGGGCUCCCCUUUGUGUUUGACCCCGACAAGACGUACGAGCUCACCACCGACAACGUGCUGAAAAUCUUGGCCAUCGAGAUGCGGUUCCGCUGCGACAUCCCGGUGGUCAUCAUGGGAGAAACGGGCUGUGGGAAAACCAGGCUGGUGAAGUUCCUGUGCCAGUUACGCAGAAAACUGUUAGAGGUGGAGAACAUGAAGCUUGUCAAGGUUCAUGGAGGUACCACUGCAGAGAUGAUCUACGCCAGGAUCAGAGAAGCGGAAGCCCUGGCUAAAUCCAACAAGGAGCAGUACGGGUUGGACACCAUCCUCUUUUUCGAUGAAGCCAACACGACAGAGGCCGUGAGCAGCAUUAAGGAGGUUCUGUGUGACCGCACGGUGCAGGGGAGGCCUUUGGCCUCUGGCUCUGGCCUGCGGAUCAUCGCAGCCUGCAAUCCCUACCGGAAGCACACGGACAGGAUGAUCCAGCGCCUGGAGCUGGCCGGGCUGGGCUACCGGGUCAAGGCCGACGACACCCGGGAGAAGCUGGGGUCCAUCCCGCUGAGACAGCUCGUGUACCGGGUGCACGCGCUGCCGCCCAGCAUGAUCCCGCUGGUGUGGGACUUCGGGCAGCUCAACAACUGCAUGGAGAAGAUGUACAUCCAGCAGAUCGUGCAGCGCGUGGCGGAGCAGCUGCCCAUGACCAGGGACGAGGUGGGGACGGUCACGGAGGUGCUCUUUGCCUCCCAGCAGUACAUGAGGCAGAGGGACGACGAGUGCAGCUUCGUCAGCCUGCGGGACGUGGAGCGCUGCAUGGAGGUGUUCAAGUGGUUUUACGGGCACAGGGAACUGCUGCUGAGGGAGCUGGAGAAGUACCUGGCCGAGAGGAAAGCCCCCAAGGGCAGCGGCGACAGAAACGGCGUCAUCUGGUCCUUGGUGCUGGCGGUCGGGGUCUGCUACCACGCGUCCCUGGAAAGGAAGGAGCCGUACAGGACUGCCAUCAGCCAGGUCCUCCCAAAGCCUUACAAUACCCAGAAAAAGAUUUUGGAAGAAAUCACCCUGAUGCAGGACUUAUUCCUGAGUGGGGUGCCACUCCGGGAUACCAUAGCAAGGAACUUGGCCUUGAAGGAAAAUGUCUUCAUGAUGGUCAUCUGUAUUGAGCUGAAAAUCCCUCUUUUUCUGGUUGGAAAGCCUGGGAGCUCCAAAUCCCUGGCAAAAACCAUCGUGGCUGAUGCUAUGCAGGGCCAAGCAGCUCAUUCUGAUCUGUUCAAGGACCUGAAGCAGAUCCAUCUCGUGUCUUUUCAGUGCAGCCCCCUCUCCACUCCAGAGGGAAUCAUAGGCACUUUCAAGCACUGUGCUCGAUUCCAGGAAGGGAAGAACUUGGAGGAGUAUGUAUCAGUGGUGGUUUUGGAUGAGAUUGGGCUGGCAGAAGACUCUCCCAAAAUGCCCUUGAAGACUUUGCAUCCACUUUUGGAGGAUGGCUGCAUAGAUGAUGUCCCUCUUCCUCACAAAAAGGUUGGCUUCAUUGGGAUUUCCAACUGGGCUUUGGACCCUGCAAAGAUGAAUCGAGGCAUCUUUGUGUCUCGUGGGGACCCCAGCAGAGAGGAGCUCAUCGAGAGCGCAAAGGGCAUUUGCUGCUCGGCACGAGGGGCUCUGCAGAAGGUCGAGCAGUAUUUCCAUCACUUUGCAGAUGCAUAUGAAAACAUCUGCAAGGCCCAGGACAGGGAGUUCUUUGGCCUGCGUGACUACUACAGCCUCAUAAAGAUGUUUUUUGCCUUAGCUAAGAGCUCCAAAAGCGAGCCCACGCCUCAGGACAUCGCCGCAGUGGUUCUUCGUAACUUUGGUGGCAAAGAUGAUGUCAACGCCUUGGAAAUAUUCACUUCCAAGUUGCUAGAAAAAGGAGAGAUACUUGCUCGUGAUAUCAGUAGGAUAGAGCUGAUCCGACAGAACAUUUACAGCAGUGCUGAGGAUGGGGACUGCAGGUACCUGCUUGUGUUGACUGAGAACUAUGCAGCGCUGCAGAUCCUCCAGCAGGCUUUUUUCACUGCCCGACAGCAGCCAGAAAUCAUCUUUGGCUCCAGUUUUCCUAAGGACCAAGAAUACACCCAGAUAUGCAGGAACAUCAACCGAGUGAAGGUCUGCAUGGAGACUGGCCAGAUGGUUGUGCUCCUCAACUUGCAGAACCUCUACGAGAGCCUCUACGAUGCCCUCAACCAGUACUACGUGUACCUGGCUGGGCAGAAGUACGUGGACUUGGGGCUGGGCACGCACCGGGUGAAGUGCCGGGUGCACCCCAAGUUCCGCCUGAUCGUCAUCGAGGAGAAGGAGGUGGUGUACAAGCACUUCCCCAUCCCGCUGAUCAACCGGCUGGAGAAGCACUACCUGGACAUCAACACCGUGCUGGACAAGGGCCAGAGGGAGGCCGUGCAGGAGCUGGAGCGCUGGGUGCAGGAGUUCACGGCGGUCAACACAGAGGAGCACUUCAUCAGCCAGCAGCGGUACCGCCCCGCAGACGUGUUCGUGGGCUACCACGACAACACCUGCGCCUCGCUGGUGCUGCAGGGCACGCAGCGCCUGCGCUCGACCUGCGCCCCCGCCGAGCUCCUGCCCCGCGUCACCCAGCAGGCACGGCUGGCCCUGCUCAACUGUGCCACCCCCGACGCCGUCAUCCGCCUCUGCAACUCCGUGGGGGUGUUCAUGACGCCCUCCCCGGCCCAGACCUACUUCAGGCAGCAGCAGCACACGUCCUUCGCCGACUUCCUCGGCGCCCACGUGCGCGCGGCAGCCGAGCCCCAGACCGCCUUCACCGAGGUCACCACCUUCUCACGGCUGCUCACCAGUGCCGACGCUGCCUGCCUGGAGAGGGAGGUGCAGGGCAAGGCCCAGAGGCCGCAGAUCCUGUUCCUGCAGCAGUUUGACACGGAGUACUCCUUCCUGAAGGGCAUCCGGGAUUUCCUGGAUUCUACUUCAGGAAAUAAAGUCCUCAUUAUUCAGACAGACUUCGAAGAUGGCUCUCGGGAUGCUCAGCUCAUUGCCUCAGCCAAGUACACCGUUGUCAACGAGAUCAACAAGGUGGACCUGGGGGAAGUCUCUGUCUUUGUUUACUUUAUCAUGAAGCUUUCCCGGCUGGAAGGGGGAACAUCCUACGUGGGAUUCCAUGGAGGGCUGUGGCAGUCGGUGCACAUCGACGACCUCCGCAGAUCCAAGGACAUGACCUCUGACUUGGCAGCCCUGCAGAACCUCACCAUCAGCCAGGUGUUCUCUCAGGAUCCAGGUGCAGCCAGAGCUGCAGCUCUGCCUGCCAGUGGAGAAGCACAGCAGGAGGAGAUGGAGGUUGGAACACCAGUGCCAGGAGCAGAGCACCAUGAGGGUGAGGUCCUGGACACCACGGUGCUGCUGAGGACCUGUGUGCAGAGUGCUGUGGGCAUGCUGCAGGACCAGAACGAAGACCUGAGUCGGAGCAGGAGGAGAAUUCAGAUUCUGCUUGGCUUUUUCUCCAAAGAGGAUAAUCUGAAAGCCUCUUUCCUGGAGACAACCAAGGCUCGUCUCUCCAGCCUGUUGAAGAAGCAAGAAGAAAAUUCCCUUCACCCAAAAAACUGGGUGCUUCGGGAGGCUUCCAACCUCAGUGCUCUGCAGGAGGCAGGUACCUUCAGGCACACCCUGUGGAAGCGAGUGCAGAAGGUGGUCACUCCCUUCCUGGCUCUCCUGAUCGCUGUCAUAGACAGGAAUGGCAAUCUGGAGCUGCUGGCCAGGCCAGGAGAAAAGUGGGUGACAAAACUGUGGAUGUUCAUCUUCAGUGACGCCAAAUUCCUGAGUGUCCCUCCCAGUGUGGGGAAGAACAGCCCUCAGCCAGAGAUAAUCCUGGUGCAGAACAACAUGAUGGUAUCUGCUGAUGCUGGGAAUAAGAUGCCCUUCAGCUGGAGGAUAAAGGAGUACCUGGAAGAGAUGUGGUUGGAGGCUCAGUACAUCCAAAACACUGAAGGCCAUGCUGAGAAGUUUGUGGAAUACUUCCAGAAAACUACCCUGGGAAAAUUCAUCUCUGCUCUGCCUGAGGAAGAAAGGCAGAUGCUCUUCGAGUGCUACAUCACGGACUUUAUUGUCCUGACCAUCGGUGUGUCCUCCCAGGAGGAGCUGCAGUGUCUGCGUGUGGCAUUCAUGUCCUGCAUUGAGGAGUGGAUGGCAGAGUCCCCCUGGAGAAAGGAGCUGGUGCCCUCCCUGCCCUGGGUCCACCUGGCACACAACCAGUUCAAGAGCCGCCUGCAGAACUUCUCCAGGAUCCUGGCUGUGUACCCCCGUGUCAUUGGCUACCUCCUGAACCAGCAAGGCUGCAGACUUCCACGCUCUGAGAUGGUUCUGGACGUGCUGGCUGCCAUGGUGUGUGCUGAGGAGCUGGAGAAUCAGGUGCAGACAGCCUCCCCCGAGCUCUGGCUGCAGAGAGUGAAGACCCUCUAUAUGCCCAUUGAAUUCCUGUGCAAAGAGGAGGGUGCCCGGCGCAGUGGCAGCCACUGCCAUCAGCUGCUGAGGGAGCUCAAGAGCUGCUGGAGCCGUGUGUUUGCCAUGGCACUCUUCGUGGAACACGUCUUGGUGGGCAUCCACGCCGUCAUGCCGGAAUUCGAGGGUUUGGUGAGAAAAUACACUUUGCUUCUUGCCAAGUGUUUCCAGUUCGGUUCAGACGUGAAGUCCCAUCCAACCUUUGCUGCGGUGCUGACAGUGCUGUGCCAGUGCAAGAACGAGGUCAGCCACAGGCUCUACAGGCAUGGUCUGGAUCCGUGUCCCAUCUGCCUGGGAGAGCCGAAGGACCCCGUCUGCCUGCCCUGCAACCACGUGUUCUGCCACAAGUGCAUCAGCCUGUGGCUGGUGCCAACACAGAUGUACUGUCCCUACUGCAGGGUUGUUGUAGAGGAUGAGGAGUUAACUGUCUCUGAGGAGCUCAGAGCUGCCAUAGCAAAGAAGGCCCUGUUCCGGCAGAGGUGCAAUAAUUUCUUCAUUGACAUGGUGACCAGCAUGUGCUUCAAGGACAACGAGCCCCCUGAGCCAGAGGUGAUCCAGAGCCUCCUGAAUCUGCUGUUUGUUCACAGAAGCCUCGUGAAAGACUCAGAUCACCCUGCUGUCUACACAAAAUUCCUGUCCCCGUUUAAUGAUGAGGUGGAUGAAACUCCCAUCAUCCGCUCUGUGAUGCUGAAGCUGCUCCUGAAGUACAGCUUCAAUGAGGUGAAAGAUGAUGUGCAGCGUUACCUGUCCCAGGUGGAGCACAACGAGCUCCUAGAGAAAAAUGACAAAAAGGAGCUCUACUUGCUUUUUGUCAACUGCUUGGAGGAUUCCAUGUGUGAAAAGUCAGAGGACAGCCUGGGAUAUGGGCAUGGAAACAGCCUGCCUGAGAACAGAGCCUUUCCAGAGAACUACCUCCCAGCCAGCAGCAGAGAGGCUCCCCAGGAAGCCUCUGUGGAGUACCUGCAGGCCGUGGCCGAGGUGCGCCUGUGCCUGAGCAGGGCUGCAGAGCUCAUCUUCCACUUGCAGCAGCACACACAGCCAGAGAAGAUGGAGGAGAUGCAGCGUUACCUGAAGAAGGUGGAGAAGUUCUGCAGCCUCGCCAGGAACGACUGGCACCGUGUGUACCUGGUCAGGAGGAUUGCCAGCCAGCACGGGAUGGAGUUUGCUCAGAACUUGGUCACAGAGCCACGGUUCAGCUGGGUGUUCCCAGAAGAAAUUCUGCAACAGGUCCAGCACAGCCAGUCCAACCGCAUCGACCGGUACCUGGUGUGUGGGGAGCGCUACCGGGCCCUGCGCGACGCCGUGGGACAAGCCAUGAUGGAGGGCACGGCCCAGGGGCUGCUCGAGGCCCAGCAGGCCUCCAGGAGCCCCCCAGCUCUGGAAUCUGCCCACCUGCUCCUGGCCAUCUUCCGAGAGGUCACUGCCCUGUACGGGGAUCCGAGCCUUCGUCCCAGGCAGAAGCAAACAGAGGUGAUGACUGAGUUCAUCCAGAGCUGCCAAGUGCUGAAUUCCCCCGAGCUGCAGGACCUUGCAGUUGCCCUGGUGAGGAACGCCCUGCCCGGGCUGGCCGUGGAGCCGCAGGGCCACAGCCAGCAGGGAGCCCUGGUGGAGAUGGCUGUGCACGUGGCUGCUGUGCUGCUCUGUGGGCACAGCCCUGUCCUGCAGCCCCUCAGGAACCUGGCCUUCCAGCCACACAGCAUGCAGCACUCGUUUCUGCCCACGAUGCCCGAGGACAUCUUGGCUCAGGCGAGGACCUGGAAGGAAAUGCGUGGUCUGCAGUGGUAUGAAUGUCCCAAUGGCCACUUCUGCACUGUGGGAGAGUGUGGGCUCCCCAUGGAAAUGAGCCGCUGUCCCGACUGCCACGUCCUCAUUGGAGGCAUCGACCACGAAGCCGUGCAGGGCUUCCAAGCAUCCAGGAUUCGUGAAGACAGAACUCAGACUGGCCACGUCCUUGGAGACGUUGAGCACAGGAGGACACUGGGAAUGUCUGACAGGGGCGUGUCCCCCGUGGUCUUUGUGCUGCUCCGUUUGCUCACUCACCUGUCCAUGCUCCUGGGAGCCUCCAGAGACCCUCAGUCCCUGGGAAGCAUGAUCAAGCCAACAGUGGACGACGUGGUGAGCUUCCUGCAGCAGCACAUUCAGGAAGACUUGGCACAGCUCACCAGGAUUUUGGGGAAGAGUGUGGAUGAUAUUAUCAACAUCCUGCACCUGGUGCUGAGCAGCCUCCUGCAGGCCCCCCAGCAGCAGCCAGGCCAGUGGCUGGUGCACUUUGAUGAUUUUCUCUCCACUAAGAGGAUGAGAAACAAAUGGGAAGAAAUUGUUGCAAACACAAUCAUUGUUCCUGAAUUGGAGGAUUUGGAUAAAAAGCUCCUGAAGUUAAACCGACAGAUACAAGAGGAUGAGAGAAUCUCCUCCAACCCCAUAGUGAAAAUAGUGUAUGGGGACCCAGCUGCAUUCCUGUCCCAGCUGCCAGGGGACAGCCACGUCCACCACUCCAAGAUGUGGAGCUGCCGCAGGAGGGUCUCUGUGGAGAACCUGGGCCAUGUUGUGCAGCAGAAGAAUGCCAAGGACACCGUCCCUCUCCUCUGGACCUUCCUGCAGAAGGAAAGUGAGCUGAGGCUGGUGAAAUUCCUACCAGAGAUUCUGGCUCUGCAGAGAGAUUUGGUGAGGCAAUUCCAGAACACAGCAGAGAUCAAACACUGCUCCAUCAGGGAAUUCCUCAGGGAACCCCACUCAGAUGUGAUGAGGGACCUGUUAGAGAAGAGAGUGAAUGUGUUUCUGUCUGUCUGGAACAAGCUGAGGAGCUCCCUGGACACCAAUGGGGAAAUCAAGCUGCCUAAAGGCUACUGUGAUGCCGAGCUGAGCCUGGACAGCAGGCUGGAGGUGCUGCUGCCGCGGCGGCAGGGGCUGGGGCUGUGCUCCACGGCGCUGGCCAGUUACCUCAUCGGGCUGCACAACCACUUGGUGCACUCCGUCAACAGGCACACCAAGGAGGAUGACAGGUACGUGGUCAGCCCCUCGGAAGUGGCCGACCUGCACCUGAUCAGUUACGAGGUGGAGAGGGACCUGAUCCCUCUGAUCCUGUCCAACUGCCAGUACAGCAUGGAGAAGGGAGGGGAGACCUUGCAGGACUUUGAUCUGGAAAGGAUCCAGCAGCAAGUGAUCAGCAAGUUCCUGCAGGGGAAGCCACUCAUCACGCUGACGGGAAUCCCCACCCUGGUGUUCAGACACGACCGGAACUACGAGCAGCUGUUUGAUGGUGUCAGGAACAAGCUGGAGCAGAGUGCUCUGCCCAGUUCUGUGAUGAACAUGAUCAGUGGGGAGCUGCAGUCCUACAGUGAUGUGUGUGAUGCUCUGUCCCUCACUGAGAUCACCCUGGGCUUCCUGGCCAUGGCUGGCGAGGACGCUGACAUGCUGCUGACUGAGUACAUUGAGCAAGUUCUGCAGAUGGGGGAUCAGACAAACCCCCACGUGCUGCAGGCCCUCAGACGGUGCCAGCUCAGGCACAGCAUGGCCCUGUGGCAGCUCCUGCACGCCCACAAAUCGGAGCAGCUGCUGCGCCUCGGCAGGGAUCCUUUUGCAGACGUCAGUCCAGACUACAAAGAAGAGCUCACCCCAGAGCUUGCCAAGCUCCUGGACACCUUCCUUGUCCACUCCAGGCUGGAAACCUUCCUGCAGGAGCUCCAUGAAAUGAUCAUCCUGAGGCUGAGACGUGUCCAAGCUGUGGAGGAAUUCAAACCCACGUGGAGGCUGAAGGAAUCACUCUUGCCUUACCUUUAUGCCAAAGACUCCGAAUUAGCUCCAGAGCUGGAAGACACGUUCCCAGACGAGAUUUUUCUGUCUCAUGUCACUGGUACCUGGAAAGCAGCCGCUGUCUUCAAGCGGCAGCACAGGGAGAACUAGGACAGAACCCUGCCAGGGGCUGCCACAACACCCUGUCAGGGCUUCUGCAACUCUGGGCAUUUGUUUGGGGCUUGUUGGUUGUUCUUUGGGUUUGGAGUUGUUGUUUUUACACCUGAUGUGAAGAGGAGAGGCGGCCGUGGAGGAGGUGGAGGGUGAAAUAGGCCCAGCAACUCUGUGACCCCUGGAUCGCCACAGCUCCAGAGCCACUGGAGGAAUAUGAAGGAUUUUUUUCACAAACCAUGGUGCCCUCGUGCUGGGUUGAUGUUUUGCAGGCUGCCUUUCUGCACUGGCUGCAGAACCGGCUCCUGCCCAGCGCCUCCCGCUGCGGCGGGGCCCGCACGGGGAGCCCUGAGCGCCGCGGCUGCUUCGCUGCCUUCAGCCCGCCCCGCCUUGCCCCGGGCCGGGUUCUCCCCAUCCCUUUCUCAAUAAACUCGUUCAGCUU